UCCAGUACAGUCACACUCCCCAAACUCCCUGAUGAUCACGCUAUUGAUCCUACAAUGUAUUUAUGGUUCCUCACUUUAUCUAAUGCGCUUACACACAUUUGCGGGCGGCUUUGUGAGAAAGCCCUAACCACGCCCCCUGAGCUGGCAGACUCCGCAUCUGAGCAACAGCUGGAAUAGCGGCACUUUUUUAUUGAUUUUUAUCUUUUUUUAUUUUUCGUGGAUGAUCGAUUCCAGGACUUCAUGGAUCUUGUCCAGUUUCUAAUCCUCUGCAUUUUUGCUGUAAAUGCAGUUGUCUGUGGGUGUCCAUAUCAUUGCAGGUGCAAUAAAACCGCGGUUUCUUGUACGGGAUAUACAGAUUUUCCAUCAAACAUUCCUUCAAAUACAGAAUCUCUAGAGAUUACCCAUUCUUGCAUCAGCUCACUUAGACCUGAUCAUUUCAAAGCAUUCUAUAAAAAUCUUGCAGUGUUGAACAUUACUGAUGCAAGAAUAUGGGUGGUGCAACCUCACACCUUUGACCAGACACACAACCUACUCAGCUUAACACUUUCAGCAACCAAGCUAUGUUCUUUACCCCCAUCCCUCCUUACUCCUCUUCAAAACCUGAAAACCUUAGACCUGAGUAAAAAUAUGCUGACUUGCAUUCCAGAGGAGGCGUUUCAGGGUCUGACUCGCCUGGGGACCCUCAUAUUGCAGGAAAACAGCAUCACAAAUCUGCACCCAGGGACCUUCCGAGGACUUGGAAGUCUUAAGGUCUUGUCCCUAAAACAGAACAAAUUGAAGGUGAUUCCACGUCAUAUUUUUGACCACCUGGUGAACCUGAAGGAAUUGCAUCUGCAGAACAAUGUCCUCACGUGCAUACCUGCUGAACUUUUCACCAAUCAGAAGAAGCUGAAAGAGCUCUAUCUCUCCAACAAUUUGCUAACUGUUCUUCCCAAAGGUAUCUUCCUGAACCUGCCUAGUCUACAGAAUAUCUCACUUUUCAACAACCAGCUGCACACACUGUCUCCCAACACCUUUGGCCCCAUGCCCUUGCUCCAGGAGCUAUGUCUAAAUGACAAUAAGUUAACUCACAUCGAGGACAAGGUGUUCAGCAAUUUGACUCAGUUAAACCUUCUAGAGAUCAACAGGAAUCAGAUCUCAUACAUCUCCCCUGGUGCCUUCAAUGGAUUGAUUGGGCUGAAAGAAAUUUCUUUACAAACUAACAACCUAAGGAGCCUUGAGGAAGGAGUGUUUAGAGGUCUUAAUAAUUUGGCUAAAAUAUCACUGAGUAACAACCAGAUUCGGAACUUUCCUGGGAAGCUCCUCUAUGGUCUCUCUCACUUAACAACACUGGAGCUUCAACAUAACUUUCUACUCUAUUUACCAGAAGACCUUUUAAUCUUACUAACUGACCUUCAAAAUCUAGUGCUGUCUCAAAAUCCCUGGAGGUGCACCUGUCAAAUUUUACCCUUUCAAGACUGGCUAGUAAAGCACCAAGAUAAAGUACCCAGUGCCUCCAGCAUCAAGUGCUUCACUCCCUCCUGGUUGGCAAACUGCAGAAUUAUAAACCUUGAAAAAACUAUUAUUUGCUAACACCUAUACAAAAUUUACUUACUCUUCUUUCUUUACACUCCUCUACCACCUUACCUGCAGAUCACACCACAUCUGUCUGAGAGAACAAAGACCAUACAGACGAUCGAUGGAAAACACAAUCAUUAUUGC